CAUUCGUCCGUCUCCUGUCCGGCGUGAAGACAGAUUCCGAUCGGUGGAACAAGAAAGAAAACAAUUUGCAGGAGAACGAGGAAGACGAUGCUAUGUUAAUGGCGAUCCAAAGAUCUCUGAGAAAGCUAGUUUUUGGGAACUCCGGGAAGGUCAGGCCGUUCUUCACCGCCGCUGCCGUCUCCGGCGGAACCGCUUCUCUCAUCCCACCGACGGCGCCGCCGUUCUCUCCGUUCUUCUCACAUUUCUCGCAUCGAUGGUCACCGCUUUCAAAAUGGUUCGUCCCUCUCCAGGGCCCUCUCUUCCUCAAGUUUCCUCCAUGGAAGCUGCUCCAGUCGGCGACACCGCUGUAUUUGCAUGGAAACGGUGUCGUCUUGAGGAAAGUCGAGGCCUUGAACCUGAAAUUGGAUCGAAUUAGGAGCAGAACGAAGUUCCCGAGUCAGCUAGGGCUUGGGUCGGGGUCGGUGGUGAAGCCGGACUUGGCGAAGUUGGGUCGUGUGGAUUUAAAGGAGGAAGAUGGAGGUGGAGGAAAUGGUGGGCUUGUGGAAAGUUUUGUAAAUGUGCCGAAUUUGAUAUCAAUGGGACGAUUAGCUUCAGGUCCCCUGCUUUGGUGGAUGAUUUCAAAUGACAUGUAUUCUUCUGCUUUCGUCGGGUUGGGAAUCUCUGGAACAACUGACUGGUUAGAUGGGUACAUGGCUAGGAAGAUGAAGAUCAAUUCAGUGGUUGGUUCAUACCUUGAUCCUUUAGCAGACAAGGUUCUCAUCGGUUGUGUUGCUUUGGCAAUGGUGCAGAAGGAUCUUUUACAUCCUGGCCUCGUUGGAGUUGUGGUAUUGCGAGAUUUUGCACUCAUUGGUGGUGCAUUUUACUUGAGAGCCGUAAGCUUGGAUUGGAAGUGGAAAAGCUGGACUGAUUUCUUCAACAUCGAUGGUACACGCCCUCAGAAGGUGGAGCCAUUAUAUAUAAGCAAGGUGAAUACAGUUCUCCAGCUGGUUUUAGUAGCCGGUGCUCUCCUUCAACCCGAGUUUGGGAACUCAGAAACCGAAACAUGGAUCACUUACUUGAGCUGGUUAGUGGGUUCAACUACAAUGGCUUCGACCGCAGCUUACGGUUCGCAAUACAUGAAGAGAGGAUCGGUGACGAUGCUCAAGAGAUCUUAGCUGAGACUUUUGUUUUCAACGGUCAGAGACAGAGGGUAUCUACAUAUUUUGAAGAAGAGUGAAGAUUCGGAGAUUUGGUGAAGUUUAAUUGGUUCUUCUCAGGCGAUAUGAGUUGUGGAAUCACUCAACAGUUAACUGAUGUAGAAGUGGCAGAUCGUGUCGGAGAUUUAGGCAUGGAAUGGGUAACACACACAGUUUGUGUUGUGUCCGGUCACGUGUUUUGAGGUUAACUCACGUGCGCUUCCUCUCCUUUACAUUAACUUUGGAAUCAAAAUUAAAACAUAAAAUCAUAUAUGUUCGAAUAAAAAGUUUAAGUAAAUUGA